AUGGAGGACAUUGAUUUUUCCGAUCCGCAUUGGCUUUUGAAUUACUUUCAUUUUAUUGGGUUGACUUCAUUUAUUCUAAACUCUAUUGGAAUUUAUUUCUUGAUGUUUAACACCAAUCGGUUGGGGAAUUUUAAGUAUUAUUUGUUAUUAUUUCAGCUUUCCUGUGUUCUUACGGAUAUUGAUUUUACGAUUCUCGUGCAGCCAAUUCCGCUUUUCCCAUUGUUUGCAGGACAUAUUUACGGUGUAUUAUUCACAUGGUUUGGUCUUCCAGCAAAUACUGGCGCGGUCAGUAUUGCAUUUGUGGCCGCAACCCAACUAGAGAGCUUAAUCGUAUGUUUUGUAAAGAAGCAUCAAGGAGUUGCGAUUUUAUUGAACAAACAUAUUUUCCCAAAAUGCACAAUAAACGCAUUAUACGUAUUUUGUCUGAUUUUUCCAUUUUUCAUCUGCGCGUGUGUGAAUUCCCUAAGCCUUAGUCGGGAAAAUGCGUUGAUUUAUAUCAUGGAGGUCUAUCCGCAAGGUUAUAUACAGUUCUCGAACCUGCCAAAUUUUGUGGUCUACAUGAAGUCUACAGUCCAUAAAUUCCUUGAUGCUCUCAUCCAGCGCCUUCCAUGA